AUGAGUCAUUAUCAAUUUGUCUUAUUCUCAGGAAAAGAUGAUUAUUAUCCAACUGGAAAAUUAAAAAAGAGAGAAGAUGUGAUAACUGUUAAAUCUAGCAAUUCAUCGUAUACAAAGUCUGAAAGAGAAGUUGACUCCUCAUCACCAUCAUCCCAUACAUCUUCCUCAUCUUCAUCUUCACGGAAACAACUGAUCGUUUUCCCUACCGAGAAUAGCAACAGGGUAAUUGAGUGUGAGCAGAGAAAUCAGCAAAUUUGUAUUGAAUCAAAACCACCACGCAAACGCGAGUUGCCCAGCAACAUUCUGCAAAUGCAGUUGCAACGACAACGAUUUACUAACGCAAGCGCAACGAACCUUGGCGGGAAGUGUGCCAAUAGUACGCUUGGUAAAGCUAAAAUCCCACGGCCUGCAAAUGCAUUUAUGCUUUUUGCUAAUGAAUGGCGAAAAAAACUUGCCCUUGAAAAUCCUAGAGAAUCUAAUAAGGACAUAAGUGUCAGAUUGGGUGUCCUGUGGAAAAAUAUGGGCAAGGAUGUAAAAGAGAAAUAUUUUUCCUUAGCAAGACAAGUCGAUGCUGAACAUAAAAGAAAAUAUCCUGACUACGUAUAUAAUCCUAAGGAAGCAAGACUUCGGAAAGCAAUGCGUGAACAGAGUCGUGAAUUGUCGAGACAAUCUAUACUUCAAUCAGCAGUUACAUCGACGAGCGGGAAUGCGUCGACAACUGGCGCAAAUGAUACUAAUGGAACAAAUGUUGGUAACGGAAUCGCCAGUUCGUCAAAUUUUAUAAAUCAACCAAUGCCCUGCACUUCACCAGCAUCAACUUCAAGUGUUUCUUCAUUACCUGGUACUUCUUCCUACAACUCCGAUAGGAUGAUCAAUUCUUGGUUUCCAAUCGGCCAUACGCCAUCAUCAAGUCACAUUAAGCCAAUGCUCUCUCACAGGGUCAUGCAGACCCAUCAGCGAACGUUCGAUAAAUCCAAAGAGGUUUUGAGAAAGCAAGCUGAGUGCGCCGGUGCUUUUCCUGCAGCUUCCGCGACGGCGUGUUACCCCGGUGAAUUUACUGUUCGCGGAGCGUCUACGCAAGUGACUAGCGACACAAGUAUUGGCGGCCUCGAGAGCAACGAUUAUUGUAGUGGCAUUGGAGAGUUUUCAGAUGCUCAGAAGUGGCAUCCAUACCAAAGUACUCCAACGGUUUAUCAUCCAAGAAGUGGCUCUAUGUCAAAGAUCGCUAAUCGUCAUGGUAUGCAGAGUAUCAAUACCCAUGGUCAUGGACCGUGGAAUCAAUUUUGCGGAGUUCCAUUGUUUACGAUGACUGCUCAGAAUUCAGCAAUUAGAGGUCCAAGACAGAUGGCUUUUCUCCAAGAACAACAUGAACGACACUGUAAUUUUCCCGAAGAAAUGCCCAUAAAUUAUAUGACUAAUAAAGUUGACGUUGGACAUCGAUUACAGUCAGGAUACUCACAGCAUAGCUAUCAACAGGAGAAUGAGAAAUGUGCAGAAGAUGCUUCAAGAUGGGAACCACAAAUUCCUAUUGAUCCAGGGAUGUCUAAUUUAGCAACUCUAUCUCGGGACUCAGAACCUCGAGCGAAAGAACCGUCAAAGCCUAAUGAAGAAAUUAAAGAAUACCAAGAAGAUGAAUCUCCAUCAAGACAAACACCAUCUAAACAACCAUUGCCGGGUUUUCAUCAAGCUUUUGGUUCAACGGAAAUCGGAAAAUUUUCCAGAUCUCAAUACUUUGCAAAUAUAAUUGGAGAAAGUGGUGGCAAUUAUGUGACAUUAGUGGACGUCCCACGCCCUAGAAAUCCUGACUGGAUUCGUCCUAAUCCAAUAAUGCAUCAAGAUCUUUCAGUGCUGAGAAUGGAAAUACCCAAUAUAAAUCCUAGUAUUGAUCAAAAUGUACAUCUAACUCGAAGUACAACUAGAGCUAGUCAAGAUUCAACAAAAGCUAUUUCUUCCACCAGUAAUACAGAAGGUGAUGAAGAUGAUGAUAGCACAACUAAUGAUGAUAAAAACAAUCGUUCAACUGAUUAGUUUAAUAUCCUUUUUUAUAACUUGUUCUCAAAUAUUGUUCUAUAGUUUCUUAAAUAACUAUAGAUUUAUUUUUCAUAUCUGUUUGAAGACUGAACAUAAAAUAUUUAUCAAUGUUUUGUUGAUGUACAAAAGUGAAAAGUCUGCACAAUCAAAAAGAAAAAAUAGUGUAAUUAAAAAAAUAGAGGUUUUUAUAUUCACAAUAAGAUUUAUACAAUCUAGCGGCACAGCUCAAAUAUAAUGAAAUAAAUCCCAAUAGAAGCUGGCCACCCAUUAUCAUCACAAUAUUACGCAUCGCAGUAGUAGAGGCAUCAGAUCUAUCAUAAGACCGACAGGCAUCGGGUCAGGUGUUGUAAAAUUCUCGGGUAACGCGUAACGUUAAACAUUGAUUAACCCAAGAAUUUUUAUGGCAUCUAUGACUAUUUUAGCCGCAUAUUGUCGACAACUUUAUCCUAUUGAUGCACAGAUAAAAUGUGUUUUCUUUGCUUGCUCAUCACUUUGUAUAAAAACUUGAAUAAUUUAAAAAAAAAAAAAUAAUAA